CUCAUAGGCACAAUAUCAACAUUCAACAAGAUCUGCAGUGCUAUCACAGCAGACAGCACCAACAUGAAAAAGAUGGCGCAAGCAAUUGUCAACACAUGCUACACGAGUGCAGGUUGCAAUAGAUGCCCAUUUAGUGCAGACUGGGGGAGAAAUGGCUUGAUAUGUUAUGCAUAUUCCAAUUCAAUAGCUGUAUACCAGCCUGAGGGUUUUGCAGCAGGUACAACAGGUGGAGGAAUUCUGUCCACUCUUUAUGGACAUUCUGGCAAAGUCAAUGCAGUCACCUGGAUCGGUAAUGCUGGCUGUGAUGAAACAGAGCUGGUGUCUGGGUCUGCGGAUGGGUCAGCCAUAGUGUGGUGUUUCACUAACACUGAGGAGAGACAGGGUCAAUACAAACCAGUGUGCACGUUGAAAGGCCACCAGGGCUCAGUUACAUGCGUGACUGCCCUGUACCUUCCCCAUCAAGCUACACAGGCAGCUGCUGCUGAGAAAGAAACUCUAAUUGUGACGGCAUCUAUCGACUCAACUGUUCGGGUUUGGAGCAGAACUGGAACAGAAGAAGCAAAAGAAAUACAAGUAAUAGACUUCAAAACAGGGUUUGCCUUGUGUGUGACAGCCUGUAUCAUCCCUGGACAUAAUGUUCCUCUGCUAGCCUGUGGCUGUGAUGACCACAAGAUUCACUUGUACGCUAGAGGUCAAGAUCAGAAGUUUGUGGAAGUGAUCGUUCUGCCUGGUCAUGAGGACUGGAUAAGAGAUUUACAAUUUGCCAUUGAUGAUGACGGAGAUAUUCUGCUGGCUAGCUGUGCACAAGACCAACUUAUCAGAGUGUGGCGGUUUACAGUCAGAGACCACAGCAAUGAUAGGACAGUCCCAAAAUCUGUGUCAGAGCUGCCCCUGGAUCAAGACAUUGCAGUGAAGGAAACUUUGUUCUCCGUGACUACGUCAGACCAGUUGGUUGAGUUUGCUGUGUGUUUGGAGUCUGUUCUGUGCGGUCAUGAAAACUGGGUCUACAGUAUCCGAUGGCAGCCUGCACAGUACACUGGGGAUGGAAAAUGCAGUCAGGCCAUGAAGUUACUGUCAGCCUCCAUGGACAAGACAAUGAUCUUGUGGAGUCCAGACAAGGGCAGCGGAGUGUGGGUGGAGCAGGUUCGCGUUGGAGAUGUUGGGGGCAACACACUCGGCUUCUUUGGUGGACUGUUCAGCCCAUGUGGUCAGUCCAUCCUAGCUCAUGGCUACCAGGGGGCUUUCAAUCAGUGGACAUUGAAUCAGGUAAGACCUUCAUGGUUUGAAAUUGCCCGGCCUCAAAUUCAUGGCUACGAUGUCCAGUGUGUGGCUAUGCUGGGACGUUACUCGUUUGCCUCUGGUGCUGAUGAGAAAUUGGUUCGGUUGUUCUCAGCCCCGAAAAACUUCAUUAAUAACUUUUGUGAGAUCUGUGGUCACAGCACAGAAGAGUCUCAGCGUCUCCCAGAGGGAGCCAACGUCCCAGCUCUGGGCCUGUCCAACAAGGCUGUGUUCUCAGACGCUGGAGACGGAGUCAAGAAAGAGGAAGAGGAAUCUCAGAAACCCGGCCAGUACCCAGAGAAUUACUUCAGUCCAGUCAGCCUCACUGCUCCCCCUAGCGAGGACCAACUGCUGCAAAACACGCUGUGGCCAGAGGUUGCCAAGUUGUAUGGUCAUGGCUAUGAAAUCUACUCUCUGGCAGCACACCCCAGCGGCAAACUCCUGGCCUCAGCUUGCAAGGCUGCAAAAGCGGAGGUGGCCAAUAUUUUACUGUGGGACACAGAGACAAAGAGGCAGGUGGCGUCCCUUGCAGGCUGCAGCUUGACGGUGACUCAGAUGGCGUUCAGUCACAGCGGGGACUUUCUGCUGGCUGUCUCCCGGGACCGCACCUGGGCCUUGUAUCACAAGACAGACAGUGGACAGUAUGUUCUCAGAGCAAGCGUUGAUAAGAAGACUUCCGCUCACUCCAGGAUCAUCUGGUCUUGUGCCUGGUCCCAUGAUGACAAAUAUUUUUUCACAGCAUCAAGAGAUAAGAAGGUUAUGGCCUGGUCUGUGGCAUCCGUCACAUCUAGUUCCUGUUCUGGCCCUCCUGCUCCGGUCAUGUCUCAGACGCUCCCAGACUCUGUAACAGCCAUUGCAGCCGCACCUGUGCCAGUCCAGGGAAAAAGGUAUCUGUUGGCAGCUGGGCUGGACACUGGUCACGUCUCACUCCAUCUGUGGUCUGAUCCUGAUGUCUGUGAUAAAAACUGUGAUUUGUGGAGCACUGUAAAAACGCUGAGUCAAAGUGAAGCCCAUCACAAGACAGUAACCCGACUGGCUUUCCGCCCGCGACCGGGUCGUUUGGGCCUUACGAAUAGUGAGGAGAAUAUCCAGUCACUGGAGCUGGCUUCUUGCGGAGCAGAUCACGCCGUGCGAGUUUAUGACAUUAACACAACCCAUUUGUGACACUUCAGGAGUUUUGUUGCUAGAACAAAUGUAAUGUAAUUGCAAUCAAGGGGGAAAAAACCUAGUGGCUUAGCCGUGGCAUGGCCAUGUGUUGGUUCAAACAUGUUAAUGAUCGGUCAAAUUUCUGCUUUGGUCAUGUCUAUAUAACCGUGUGGAAGGUCCCCAUACAUCAAUUGGAACACAAAAAGGUCUAUUUGAUUAUGUGUAUUCUAGGUGUGCUCGGUUAUAUAUAUGUGGGCUAAACACAUCACCGCCCUUCAAGCUACAUUCAACAACCAUAGGUAGGCUCUCACUGUGAAGAAAAAAUUCCAUCUUUCCGGGUGGCCAACACUUAAAUAUCCCUUGCCACAAUGGAAUCAUUGAUGUAUAGCUUCAGCGCUUUGAGAUAGUCAAAUCCGACCAAUGUAAACCAUUCACUGUUUUGCCUGGGGUUUUAAGAUAGACUAUCUCAGAUUAUAUACCAUUGUAGAUUUUCAGGAUACUCACUGACUUCUCUAAUUUAUCCGUCAAAGCUGUAGUGACCAAAACCAGCUCUACGUACAUGUUGCUGUUGAUGGAUAAGCUGGUGGUUGGACGACUCAGCUGGUAUAAUACUAUACUGCCUUCCUAUCUUUUUUAAUAUUUUGUUCUGUUUUCUUCCUUUUCCCAAGCACUAGCUUAUGAUUAUUGUGUCGAUGUGCCUCCUAUCAAUGAAACCAUUCUAACAUCUGACACCAUUGGGGGAGAUGGUAUUGUUUUCCUUGCUCAUGAAACCACAGAAGUUCUGAGUGUCAGUUGGAGAAUGGGGAGAUGUUUCAUUUUGAAAUGUACAAAUAAAUGAAUUAUGUUGAAAUUUG